UCUUAAAUCUGCAAGAACUUGGAGAGAGAGAGAGCAGGUCGAGGGGAGGAAAUCCGCACCAUCCAUAACGCAACGAGCCAUAAACAUUCCCUAAGACGCGCGACGAGUGGAAUGUUUGCGUUUAUUUCUUGUUUUGUUUGUGAAUUGAUAAAGACGGACUGGUUAGUAAGACAGGAUCUGUCGAUAUAAAGAAACUUAAAGACUCUCGUUCGGUAGCCAGAGGGCGGUGACAUCUCUCUCUCUCUCUCAGCGUAAACGGAGCGGAGCGGAGAGGAGAGCGCACGAAACGGAGAUCCAGAGCAGUGGCGAGGCAGCAGCGCCGCGGACAGUGACGGGACCUGGCUCUUAAUCCCACCACCUCUUCUAUUGCAGUUUUACCAGCGCUUAGUGACACGGGCGCAUCCCAGGAAGUAGAGGCGUUCCCACCCACGCCGCGAGGUUUUUAUUUACUCUUCAUCAUUAGAGCUUGUGCUGGAGGGGGGGUUCUUAUUUCCCCCUGCCGUGGACGGAGGAGUUGUGUGCGUUCAUGUGCAUUCCGCCUCGCCUAUCAUGGGUAAAAGUGGACUGAGAAGUGGAGUAGCGCUCGGAGCUUCCAGCUUGGGGAGAAUGUGCGCCACGCCGGGGAUCCUGCUGCUGCUCUUGGUGCUGGCGCACCCGGGAGUCGCUCAAGUGAGAGAUGAUGAUGACUUCCUGAGCCUGAGUGAGCUUCCAGAAACCUUCCCUUCCGACCCUCCAGAGCCUUUACCUCACUUCCUGUUCGAGCCAGAGGAAGGCUACAUUGUCAAGAACAAGCCUGUCAAUCUCUACUGCAAAGCGACACCUGCCACACAGAUUUACUUUAAGUGCAACAGCGAGUGGGUCCAUCAGAAGGACCACACUGUGGAGGAGCGGGUUGACGAGAACUCAGGUUUAGUAGUAAGAGAGGCCAGUAUUGAAAUAACACGGCAGCAAGUGGAGGAGCUGUUUGGUCCUGAAGACUACUGGUGUCAGUGUGUGGCCUGGAGCUCUGCUGGAACCACCAAAAGCCGCAAAGCACAUGUCCGCAUUGCCUACCUAAAGAAGUCGUUUGAACAAGAACCCCUUGGAAAAGAAGUGUCGCUGGAGCAGGAGGUGCUGUUACAGUGUCGCCCCCCAGAAGGCAUACCAGCUGCUGAGGUGGAGUGGUUAAAGAACGACGAGAUCAUAGAUCCGGCUGAAGACAGGAACUUUUACAUCACCAUUGAUCACAACCUGAUCAUCAAGCAGGCGCGUCUGUCCGACACCGCCAACUACACGUGUGUGGCUAAGAACAUAGUGGCCAAGCGGCGAAGCACCACGGCGACUGUUAUUGUGUAUGUGAAUGGUGGCUGGUCGACAUGGACAGAGUGGUCUCCAUGCAACAGUCGCUGUGGACGAGGCUUUCAGAAACGGACCAGGAGCUGCACAAACCCCGCCCCCCUCAAUGGAGGACUACCCUGCGAUGGACAGAACAUACAGAAGCUAGCAUGUACCACACUAUGCACUGUGGACGGUGUGUGGACAGACUGGAGUAAGUGGUCCGCCUGUGGGACGGAGUGCACCCAGUGGAGGAGGAGAGAGUGCAACAACCCCGCUCCUAAAAAUGGAGGAAAAGACUGUGAUGGUAUGGUCCUCCAGUCUCAGAAUUGCACCGAUGGACUCUGUAUGCAAAGUUCAUUGUUUCAGAAGUCCACUGAGCCCAAGAGUGGUUUGGAAAUUCCAUCUGCUCCGAGUACAGAUGAUGUGGCGCUCUACGUGGGCAUCGUCAUCGCAGUGAUUAUGUGCCUGUUCAUCUCUGCCAUUGUGGCGCUGUUUGUGUAUCGCAAGACUCACCGGGACUUUGACUCGGACAUCAUUGACACCUCUGCACUAAAUGGAGGCUUCCAGUCGGUUAACAUCAAAACAGCCAGAUCAGCCGAUCUGCUGACAGCACCCCCCGAUUUGACGAACGCAGCCGCGAUGUAUCGAGGUCCAGUUUACGCGCUUCACGACGUGUCCGAUAAAAUCCCGAUGACCAACUCUCCUCUCUUGGAUCCUCUUCCCAACUUGAAGAUCAAAGUCUACAACUCAUCAGGUCUGGUCACACCGCAGGAUGACCUCGGCGGAGAUUUCACUUCAAAAUUGUCUCCUAAGAUUACUCAAUCUCUGCUGGAUAACAGCGACACCAUGAACCUUCGCAGCCAGAGCUUGGCUCGGACCCGAGAUCCUUCUUGUACUGCACACGGAUCCUUCAACAGUCAGGGAGGACACCUCAUUGUCCCCAAUUCUGGUGUGAGCUUGUUGGUGCCGGCGGGUGCUGUUCCUCCGGGUCGGGUUUACGAGAUGCAUGUGACCGUGCACAGAAAGGACAGCUUAAGACCCCCGGUAGAAGACAUUCAGACGGUUCUUAGCCCAGUGGUGAGUUGUGGACCUCCAGGAGCCCUGCUGACCAGACCAGUGAUCCUCACCAUCCACCACUGUGCAUACAAUGUCCAGGAAGACUGGUUCAUACAGCUCAAGAACCAACUGGCCAUGAGAGAGUGGGAGGAUGUAGUUGUGGUGGGAGAGGAAAACUUCGCCACACCCUGCUACGUGCAGAUGGAGUCGGAGGCAUGUCACAUUCUGACAGAAACACUGGGUACGUACUGCCUGGUGGGCCAGUCGAUCGGCAAAGCAGCUGCAAAGAGGCUAAAGCUUGCCGUUUUUGGGCCGGUCUCCUGCACCACUCUCGAUUAUCACAUCAGGAUCUACUGCCUGGACGACACUCAGGAUGCACUUAAGGAGGUUCUUCAGAUGGAAACCCAAAUGGGAGGGAAGCUUCUGGAUGAGCCAAAGACUCUGAACUUCAAAGACAGCACACACAAUCUGAGACUGUCUAUCCACGAUGUGCCGCACACACACUGGAAGAGCAAGCUCCUUGCAAAGUAUCAGGAGAUCCCAUUCUACCAAGUGUGGAGUGGGAGUCAGAGGACUCUUCACUGCACCUUCACUCUGGAGAGACUGAACUCAGCCAUCACAGAGAUCAGCUGCAAACUGUGUGUGCGGCAGGUAGAGGGGGAAGGACAAAUCUUUCAGCUCGGCAGUACAUUGGAGGAGGAGCUCCAGUGCAUAGACACAUCUCUGAUGGACCCUGCCAGCAAUAUCACAACCUUAACGGGGCCUAACGCCUUUCGUAUUCCCUUAUCCAUCAGACAGAAGUUGUGUGGCAGUCUAGAUGCACCGCAGACCAGAGGCAAUGACUGGAGAAUGCUCGCCCACAAACUCAACCUUGACAGAUACUUGAACUACUUUGCCACCAAGUCCAGUCCGACUGGUGUGAUCCUGGACCUCUGGGAGGCUCAGCAUUUCCCUGAUGGAGACCUAAAUGAACUGGCUGCCGUGUUAGAAGAAAUGGGUCGACAUGACAGCACCCUGGCCUCUAUGGCAUCAGAACACUGACGAAAGCACCAUAUUUAAUACGACAACUGCUAAACUCUGGAGAUAAUUACAACUGAAUUAUCUGGGUUUGAUACCGCAGCUACAGAGCAAUGAAUCAAUUAGACGCAAGCAAAAGCUGUCGCCAUGGUGACGGAGCACUGUUUAGAAAUCAUGGUAAUCACUUCGACGUGAUGAACGGAACAACAGGUGCUCGAGCUGGAGCUGGACCUACGUUUGUACAUCUGUUGUGUGUGAGUGAAUUGUGCAAGAAAUUGCGACCAUAGGAGAGAUCGUCCAACCAAUCAGGAACAAAGGCAACACACACGCCUAAAAAACAAAACAAAAAAAAGACUUUUUUUUACUGUAACACCACAUUUUUUUUCUUGCUGUUACUUUCAUACCAAACAAAGCUGAGACAUGAAAAUAGCGAAUCAGAUAGUCGACCUUGAGAACAUCUACAGGAAUGGAAAAAGAAAGAGGAGGUAAACUAAUUACAGAAGACCACGGAGCAGUAGGACCGAGGAUAAACUAAGACUUGAGUUUGACUCUUUGGAAAGAUGAGAUCAAACACAGAGAGCAGGUAAACUGAUUACAGGAAAGAGGAAGGACAUAAACAUAAAACGAUGGAAGCGGUGGCAGGUGACCAUCUGGAUGGAUCACAGAUAAUGAGAGGGGAGCCUCGUGAGCCUCGGUUGUACGUGUUUCAGUACAGUUUGUCGCCUUUCAAAUCGUUUCUAGGGAAAUGCUUUAUGUAUUCUGCCAUCCAUAUGUGUGGAUCAUUUCCUGCCAUAGAAUUUGCCACACAGUAACUGUUUGUCCUGACCAGAAACAAGCCUGAGUUUGCAGGUUUCUCUUUUUGGACUGAUAGAAUAAGGGCUUUCUUUAAAUCAUUAAUGUUAUGGUUAAACAAAAUCAUCGGCAAAAGAACUAUAUCUAAAAUGUCCGACCCAAAGAUUUUUACCACGCUUCGCAGUGGACACUUUCAGAAAUGAGAUGUUGAAUUUACUUGACUAAGUUGUGUCAACUGGUUCUGUUAAACCUAGUUGCUUUAAAUUAUGUGAACGCGCAUUUAUUAUGGCUGCCUGACGUAAUUUGUGUCUGAAGCUUUUGCGCGAAUUCCCCGAAAUUAAAGCUAAACAUUUGGAAGCUGCAAUAUGCAAGUAACCAGUAGGUAGAGUUGACAAAUCGAGCUAAACACACUCGCCAUUGUAACGCUGUCUCUGGUUUAGAAGUCUUUCUACGAUACCGGUGCUGUCUUUUUUUCUGUCGUUAUCUCAAAGUUAACCAGUCACUGAUCUCUUAAAAUUGAUGCCAUGUUUGGUUUGGUUGUACCUCACAAACCUGGGACGUUAUCCGGUCUGAGUUCUCUAUUGUGUACUACACAAUGCUACACAAGUACUGCAGUACUACAUGCAGUGCAGCAGCAAGUAUGUGAACAAGACGCAGCUUGCGUCAGCACGAGGUAUAUUCCCAGCCUGAUAAGCAUUAUGUUAAAAGUAAGUGCAUAUUACUCUUUAUAUUAAAGCAACUAGGUUUAGUGGAACAAGUUCACAUAAGUUGGUUAAAACAGAGUUUUUUUCUCAGAGAGCAGCACCAUCUGAGGAAAAACGUAUCGCACCUCCAUACACAGUUCGGCGAUUAUGGCUGAAAGCAACACCUCUUGUUUGUGAACUUUCACCUCCAGCUGACCAACACACCCAAACGUUUAAAGACCUACUUUUCCAUUAGAAAGGUCUUCAACGCUCAUCUGUCUAGGUACGUCCAUAAACACCCACAAACUCUGUAACUGACAUCUGUACGUAAGCCGAUGUCUAACGCUAUUGGCUAAUGCUAAGUGUCAAUAAAUUCUAAUUUCAUGGAUUUCUAUGGGACAAGGGGUGGGCUUAACAAAACAAAUUGCCUACAUCAUAUCACGGUACAGGGUAAGACUAUUACUUUUACAGAUUUCUAAAAAAAUAUGUAAAAUACGUAUUUCUUCUAAGAGCGAAACUCUGGAUUACUGUUUCGAGUAAAUUCAACAUUUCAUUUUUAGAGUGUAUGUGCACUAAGUUUGUUUCAAAGCUGUAUUCUUUUUUUUUUUUUUUUGGGUUUAGUUGAGGCUUGUUUCUGGACAGGACCUUUUUUUAACCCAGUGAUGAACAACAUCACAAUUCAUAAUGAGUAUGAAAAUAGAAAAAAUAAAAAAAACAUAUUUUCUUUAUUAUCAAUAAACGUAACUAGUAUUCUAAUACUUUAGGCUUUAGGAGGAUGUCAGGUAUAAAUGAUACGUCCGUGACUUUGCUGGUCACUGGCGCCAUCUAGUGGCCUUUGAAGAUUUAAAGUAAGACUUUUUAUUUUUGGUCAAUCACCUGAAAAUUGUAAAUACAUGCUUAUAACAUUCAUCCUAAUGUCAAUGUAUCUCUUUAUUUUCUUCAUUAAUUAUGAUUAUUUACAUUUCAUUUUGUAUUUUUAAAAUCUUGUUAUAUUCUAUGUUCACAUCAUGUUCUAAUCAACUUUUAGUUAGCAGCAAACAAGCCAUCAUUUGGUCUAAUUAUGAGAAAAGUUGCAAGUUGAAGCUAAAAGUUAACUAACUAGAGGGUUUAAAAUGAAUUGAAUACAUAAUUUUGCAGGGAAAAUGUAAAACUAGGUCGGAUUUCCACUGGACUCAAGGAAUACAUACACUGUUCAGAAAGUGGGUGCAGAGAUUUUUAAGAGGAUAUUCUUCAAAAUAAAGAUUGCAAAAAUAAAUCAGGAUUUAACUGAAGAAUAGGACAAAAGGUCAGGCCUUUCCCUGGUCAUGACAGCUUUCAUCUCAUGGUCAUCCACUCAGACAUUGAUUUUCUACAUCGAUUUUCCUUCCUUGUUUAGUCUGUGAGGAAUGUGCGACUACAAGAUCCGGACCUUUUUCUACACGUGUAAAACCAGAGCUGGGCGGUGCAGCGGCCUUGGAGGAGCUGCCGGCGUCACAGCAGGUGUGAAAGACAAAAAAAGUGGGUAGUUUUAUUUUUUUUACUUCAAUUCUAGUAUGAGAAAAUCAAAAGGAAACGUUUAUGAGGAUAAAAGCCAAAACACGCCGACUCAGUUGUUCUGUUUGUUUCAGAGGUUUGUGUAAAAACAUAAAAACAGCUUGAACGUCAAGCUGAGGUCUACAGAAAAAGUAUUUUUUAACAGAUUCAGUGAGAUACAUCAGUUAAGAAAUGAGGAUUUAACUAAUGUUAACUCCCAGUUCAAAGUUUACAGCCGUUUACCAGCAGGAUGAACGUGUAGUUAGUGCUGUUAACGGGGGUUUUCCAACGAGGAGAGAACAUCAGGACCUCUGGAGGGCAAUCCUUCAUGAUGUGACGAAAAAAAGUUAAAAAAUAUCAAAUUAUGUACAAAUAUUUUAUAUCUACAGUAUGUACAGUUGUGUACUGUUGACUAUAGUUGGCAAAUUUCUGAAUUUAAAAAGAGCAGUACAGUUAGAUAAUAGUUUGUAUGUUCUGGUUUUGUUUUUCCUUUGAGGUUUUGUUUCCUGUUUUGUAAAAGCAGUGUCUACUAUGCAAACUUGGCAUUGGUUAUCAUAGAAGUCUAUAAUUAGAGCUGUCUUUGUGAGUGCAUUUUGAUUUUUAAUUACCAUGAGUGAUUUGAUUAGCGUGGGAUAGUAUCGGUCCAUUAUUUUAUGCUAACUUUGGCGCGCUUCAAGAGUCUUGCUUAAUCUUGCUGACUGCUUGCCUCUCUAUCUGCUCUAAUUGUUUUCUGUACAAAGUGUAAGAAAGAAUUUUUAAGACAAUUAAUAAAUUAUAUUUAUAAGCAAUGCUGAUAAA